AGCUGUGCGCUCAUUGGCGGACGGCGGCCCGGAGGGGGCGGGACUUCCUGUUCAGUUCCUAUUUCCGGUUGGGGCGGGGGGCGCGCAGAGUUUAGCUGGAAUUUGCCUGAAGAUUCGAGGCCUGCCCCAGCCCCCCGAGGCCGCAAUGAGCCUGCAGUGGAUGGCCGUGGCCACGUUCCUCUACGCCGAGGUCUUCGCCGUCCUGCUCCUCUGUGUCCCCUUCAUCUCUGCGCCCAGAUGGCAGAAAAUCUUCCGGUCCCGCCUGGUCCGGCUGGUGGUGACCUACGGGAACACCUUCUUCGUGGUGCUCAUCACCAUCCUCAUCCUGCUGCUGCUUGAUGCCUUGCGCGAGAUCCAGAAAUACGAUGACGUGACUGAGAAGGUGAAUCUGCAGAACAACCCGGGCACCGUGGAGCAUUUCCACAUGAAACUCUUCCGCGCCCAGCGCAACCUCUACCUGGCCGGCUUCGCCCUGCUGCUCUCCUUUCUCCUGCGCCGGCUGGUGAUGCUCAUCUCCCAGCAGGCCACGCUCCUGGCCUCCAACCAGGCGUUCAAGAAGCAGGCGGAGAGCGCCAGUGAUGCAGCCAAGAGAUACAUGGAGGACAACGACCAGCUGAAGAAGGAGCUGAAGCAGGCUGGUGUGGAUGUCGGGGAGCGGCCGGCCGAGGGGCUGGGGGUCGCUGGCCAGAACGAGGUGCUGAAGGAGGAGCUCAAGCAGCUGAAGGAGGAGCUGGCCUCUAGCAAGAGGGCUGUGGAGAAGGCGGAGAGCGAGGCGCUGGCCAUGAGGAAGCAGGCCGAGGGGUUGACCAAGGAGUACGACCGGCUGCUGGAGGAACACGGCAAACUGCAGAUGCAGCAGGAGGCACCCAAGGACAAGAAAGAGGAGUGAUGGCCCCUCCCCUCCCCCUGCAGCCUUGGCUGUUGCUUUCUGUGGGCGGAGCCUCUCUUGGACCACGCCCCCACUCUUCAGUGGGUGGAGUCUACAGUCUGCGGCGGGGGUCAGGCUCCCCUCCCUUCCCCUCUGCUUGCAGGCGGUGGGGCUGCUACACUCACCCCAUCACUCGGCCGUGCCCAUUCCAAGCAGGGGUGUCAAGCCCCUGUGCCUCAGUUUCCCCAGUCUGUGACCUGCUCUUUCUGCCUUUCCUGAGCUGGGGGCCCCUUGUAUUUCCUCAUUGGAGCAAAGGUUUGUAGGGAGCCAUGGUUCUCCCCUCCCCCUCCCACCUGUACUAUUUUCUUGUAAGCCCUGUGUUUCUGGGGGGGCCCAGCUGCACCCCCCUGGCUGUGUCAGACUCAUCCCCCCCGCUGGGGCCUGUUUUGUUACUGGGGCUGACUCUGUAGCAAUUUGAGCUUUGGCUUCAAUAAAGGGUCAGACGCUA